CUCUGUGCGUAGUGUUCAGACGCUGUCAUUACCAUUUUUACUUCCUGGUCUAGUACGCAGCAGUGAGAGCGAGCGUGCAGGCAUUCACAGCGUAUCUGUGGCAGUGGGACCCUGGGAGCAAGAGAGCUCCACUCACUGUACGAUCAUCAGCUCAAUACAAACAUAACUUCUCAAGGUAACUGACACGUCUUGAAGGAAAACAGGAGAAAGACACCGGAAACCCUGAGAGGCAACCAUAGUGAACUUGGACAGGGAGAAGGAAAAGGUACUGGACCCUCAUUUGAAACUUAUUUUAUGCUCAUAUUUCGUAAACCUAGUGUGCACUUUUGUCUAUAUUGUGAGAGCAUAGUCGAUUCCGUAAAAAUGGUUGACGACUUCUUUAGAAGUCUUCCAUAUCGAUUUUCCAGCUAUUUAAAGUAAUUUUGCACAACUCGUGAAAAUGUGCAUGGAAUUAUCAGGUAGAGUCAGACCAUGACAUUUUGUGAUGGUGUUGAUUUCUCAGUAAAGUAGAAUCUUUUGAAUUAACAACAUUGUUGGGGGGUAUUUCCUUGUUUAAUUGCAUUGAGGUUAUAAUGAAGAAACUGUCAAGGAUCCGGACACUUUUCCCCAUUUGUUAGAUUCAGUUAAGUGAAAUGGGGACCCGUUAUUUGUAAAGCUGAACCCAGGUGGGCGGUGAGGGACCACGCUUGGCUGAUUCCAGGCAGCAGCAGCAGUUAGUGUCAAGUUCUGAGGGUUUCUGCCGGGUGGGGAGCGAACAAUGCUCCAGCAAGAGUUGGGCAAUGAAUAGGCAGAAGGGGAUUCUUCAGGACAUCAGCAAACUACUGCACUCUCAGUGUUUGAAGAAUAUUUGUGUGCUUGGGUGAUGUGUAUCUAUCACUCUCUCUAUCUCUCUCUCUCUCUCUCUCUCUCUCUCUCUGUCACACACACACCUCAAACUAAUAUUUGAACUAAAAACUCAAAUCAAGUACCUUGAAGGAGUUGCAUUGCACAGUGAACACAGUGAUGUAACAGGUAGGCCUAACUGCCAAAAUAAUGACAACACUUGAGUAAAUGAGGGAUACAAAGUGUAUUGAAAGUAGGUGCUUCCACACAGGUGUGAUUCCUGAGUUAAUUAAGCAAUUAACAUCCCAUCAUGUAUUAAAAAUGCUGGGCAGGCCAUUAUUUUGGCUACCAUGGCUAUGCCCCCAUAGGGCACGAGUGGUCACUGAAUGGUUUGAUGAGCAUGAAAACGAUGUAAACCAAAUGCCAUGUCCAUUUCAGUCACCAGAUAUCAACCCAAUUUAACACUUAUAGGAGAUUCUGGAUCGGCGCCUGAGACAGUGUUUUCCACCACCAUCAACAAAACACCAAUGAUGGAAUUUCUCAGGGAAGAAUGGUGUCGCAUCCCUCCAAUAGAGUUCCAGAGACUUGUAGAAUCUAUGCCAAGGUGCAUUGAAGCUGUUCUGGUUCGUGGUGGCCCAACGCUCUAUUAAGACACUUUAUGUUGGUGUUUUCUUUAUUUUGGCAGUUACUCUGUAGCUCAGCUGGUAGAGCACGGCGCUUGUAACGCCAAGGUAGUGGGUUCGAUCCCCGGGACCACCCAUACGUAAAAAUGUAUGCACGCAUGACUGUAAGUCGCUUUGGAUAAAAGCGUCUGCUAAAUGGCAUAUUAUUAUUAUUAUUAUUAUUAUUAUUAUUAUUAUUAUUAGUCCAUCAUGUAACUUUCCCCUUGCAGAUCAGUACCCACCUCUUCCUCAACCAACAAAUGUAUGACACUGACACAGAAGUGACCUGUUGCUGAUUAGGCUAGUGAUCUCUUUUGUAACAAAACUCAAAUGUUGGUAUUGCUGGGUUAGUUCUAAAAACUUAUGGUAAGAAUCUGUCACUAAAAUGAUUGAUGUUUUGUUUAUAUUGUGAAUGCCCUUCAUAUCCAAUAGUUUCACCAUGAUUUGUAAGUCGCUCUGGAUAAGAGCGUCUGCUAAAUGAUGAUGUAAAUGUAGGGCUGGGCAGUGUUUGAUCAGCAUGUGAGGUCUCUCAACGGACUGAGGCGAAUGGACAAGUCUGUGGUCUGUCGUUGUCUGGGUGUGUAGUAUGAGAAAUAUGAAACUAAAGACUUAAACUGCCUCAUACGUAAAAAUGUAUGCACACCUGACUGUAAGUCGCUUUGGAUAAAAGCGUCUGCUAAAUGGCAUAUUAUUAUAUAUUAUAUUAUGUUCUUCUGUACACUCUCUAGAGUUGCUGACUGACUCAGCGAGCCCAAGCCAGCUCUCACAAAAUAUUGUCUUCGACUAGGGCUCAUUUUCAGAGUGCGCAUCCUUGGCUGUCUGACAAGCCUAGUUGUUUAUGUUCCCACUUUUCAUCUCCAGAUUGUUUAUUUGGGAGAAACUGAAAGAGGAAUGCCUCUCCACCAAAGACAGUGUUUAGACUGAGAUCCCUUCCUUUAUUCUCCAUAUUAUUUUUAUCACUUCAUCUGUUGUUUGUUGUGCAAGGCUUAACGUGGGGGAGUCAUGUAAAUGGAGCUUGCUUUUCUACGCCACUUCUGAGGGAGUGACUGCUGUCAGGGCGAUACAAGUAUCUAGGCCAUGUGCUGCAUGAGCUCCCAGCUUUCCCUUAGUGUUGAUGUGUUUACAUUAUAGUAAAGAGGCCACACUCCCCUACUCGAAUAGGACUGAAAUGACAAAUGAGACAUCAAAAGAGUAAGUCUAAUAUCAGAGAGGAGUGACAGGAAGAGUAGACAAUCCUAGUGGUUUCUUCAGAGGAGCACACUGAGGGUGGUGUUAGGAGCUGAGCAGGGGACUGAGCAGCGUUUCUUAGAGUGAGCCUUUACAUUGAGCAAGUCAUAUGGGUUUGAUUAGUGUGGCCUAUUCUGCCUGUCUGUACAGUUCCUGGCAGGGUCACUAUACAUAGUCUGCAAAAACGUACUUUUCACUGCCUUCUCCAAUAUGUUGAAAAGCUUACGGUCCAGACUACAUUAUGACUUUGGCCCACCCUGAAAUUGCAAUUUACAAUCCCCUGUCUAAUGUCUCUUCUACUGUUGUCCACAAAUACCUCCAUGUCUUGCUUUUAAAAAGCACUCUGACCACAUUGUAAUUGUGCUGUAUACAGCCCAUUCCAAUUCCUGAACUCGCCAUUGCCACAAUCAGGCAUUCAAAUUGGUCAGAGGUACUCAUCUAAGGAAAUGAUAAAAGUGUCUGCUAAAUGGAAUAUAUUAUAUAUAUAUUAUAAAAUGCUAACAGUACUUACAGCAUUAUGGUUGUAUUGGUCGAAUGACAAACACAACAAUAUAUUUUUCCGAAAAGACCCGCAAAGACAUAUGACAAAAUCACUUUCAACAAAUUGUAUAAAUUCACAAAUGACCAGAUUUUUGUCAUGUUUCUUAAUUGAGCAAUGGUUUAGUGAGUGUAGAGAGAACUUGAAGACAGUCAGUAAAGCUUUUAAGCAGCCUUGUUUAAAAUCACAAAGGCAAUGAUAGGGGGUCCGAUUAUGUGGGCUUUGUUUAAAUAAACAAGAUGAGAAAUAGUUUUAAUGAAAACAUUUGAUAUCUUGCUGCAAGUCUAAUAACCCCACAAUAAAAUGAGACUCCAACAACAAGUAAUGAAAAUAAAGGAGAGUUUGGCCAAGCAGGAAAUGACUGAAAAAAGCCUGGAGGGAGGGAGGGCUGUGGAGAUGGAGAGGGGUUUACAGUUGCUCCACAUUUAAGGGAAGUGGGAACACAAAGCCGCCUCACUGUUUUAGGACCCCAUUCCGUACGGUACUGUACCGUGAACCGCUGCUCUGCUGUACUGGGACCCAGGGAAACCAGAGGCACAUUAAGCCUCCAUCUAUCCCAGUCACCUCUCUCUGUCAGCUACGUCUGUAGAUUGUAUGGUAGUCAGCAUUAUCUGAUUAUGAGCAGACUAUUAGUGUGAAAAGCUUCAGCUGCUCAUUUUCAGAUGGGCCGGGUCAGAGAGAAAUAGUUUGUCUCACUUGUGCUUGAACAAAUGGAUCAUUAUUCAUUAGCUAGAUGAAUUAAUGUAUGGAGUAGGAAGAUACAACAUGGCAAAGCUUCAGGCCAGGCGGUCUCUGGAACUGGAUGUGUACAAUGGUCUACAGAACUCAGAACAUUCCAAAACAAAAAUAUUUCCUCUGAAAGCAGUCAGAGAGAGGUGAACCUUAAUCCAGGCACAGAGAAAGCUUACAUUUUUUCAGAAGGCGCAAAGAUUCUUGUUUCUCUCACUCCCUCUCUCUCACUGUCUCUCUACACACACACACUUAGUAUUUAAGCAUGGCUAUCCCAGCUCUCUCCCGUCUCUCUUUCAGCCCCUUGAGCUUUGUACUCCCUUUUUCAUAUUUGUUUUGUCAGGAGGCAACUUGUUCCCUCACUCUCGUCGCCAAAUCGUUUCCCAUCUGCUUCCGGUUACCUUUGCCUGCAGUUGGUUUGCCGCCAGCCAUCUGGGCCAGUGUGGCUUCUUCUCUGUUCUCUGCCCAGACAUACUCAGAGAAUGAUAGAGGCAGGGUAGGCAGUGUGGCUCGAGGGAAGGUUAUCAAAGAUUGGGUUUGGACCUCUCAAUGACAUUGCCAAAAAGGCUUAGGAACAAAAGUCACAAUGUUACUGUAAAUAGGACUCCUCCUCAUCCAGGAUUUUAACUCCUCUGUACACUUCAAAGUGUGAUGGGGGAUGGGACAUCUUCAGCGUUGUGAUGUAAUAAUAACCAAUGUUGCUUUUUUAAAGGUAAUUUUUGAUCUCCCAAAAAAGCCUGAUCUAUGGCUAAUGGCCUAUUCUCGCUGUGUGUGUCUGCCUCUUCCCUGUGAUGUGGCCAGGCCACAUGAGGCCCACAGUGAGUGUGGAAGUAACCCGCUGCUUGUCUCAAAUUGGGUAAUUGUCCCCCACAGCCACUGACAUAACACCCACUUCCAGCUCCUCUCAGCCUAAGCACAGCGUUUUAAAAGAUCAAUGCCUUCCUUUCUCUUUCCGGUGAGCAGACGACUAAAAGAGACACAGGGCCCCCAGGUCGAGACUUGCUUACCCUGGUCAUCAGAUUGUCAGCCAGUGUUUUCCUGUGACGGGGAAUGAUUGAUCAGCUGAAUACGCAGGGGGAGUAGGCUGUUCGUGAGGCACUGACUACAGACUAGAUAUAUUUGUGUUGUCAGAUGGGGACCAUUUGGGUCAGGGGGAUCUCAUGCUCUCUCUCUCUCUCCCUCCCCCAAUCUCCCCUCACACUAACCUGUUUCUCUUCCACAGGGAGGCCACAGUACAUUAUAGACUCCGCUGUUGCUGCUGCUGUACUCAGAGACAGUCUCUCCAUCAGAAUCUUCCUCUGACUGUGGUCCUACCAGAGAGAGAAGCAGAGAGGCUGUGUGUCCAGAGCUCUCCAGUCUGGUCUCUAGAGGUCUAUCCUGCUGCUAUGGCCCGUGAGUGCGCUGCGUCCCACUGGUGAGCGAGGGGCAUCAGAGGGCAGAAGACAUGUUGGGACAGAGGCCUGGGGACCGCACUGAAGCUUGCUGUAGUAACCAUGGAAACGGUAUGGAGGAACUUGGCCUGCAUUGUUGUCAUCAUCGUCAUGGUUGCCACCGAGGUCGCAGAAAGUCAGACUGCUGAAAAGUUCACCCAGUCACACGGUGAGCAGAGAUCGGGCCGACUAAUUUCUUCUCUUUUGUUUGACAUAAAUGGAAAUGUUUAACUGUGUCAAUGUUUGUCAUGAAUACACAGUUUGAUUAUAUUGUUAUUGCUGUCAUAUUCAUUGGGGAAUUGGUAUUAUUCCCUCUCCUGAACUGUAAAAGUGGUUCAACAUUUCCAGUCACCUAAGUCCAACAGAGGUAAAGGACCAGUUCAAUUAACUCUUCCAUACAAUGUGGAGGGCCUACUCUGAGCUGAGCAACACUCCAGGGCAGAGGCCCUGCUGAACCUGAACCCUGCUCUCACAAAUCAACUCCAGAGACGGAGAGCCACGCGCCCCCCUCACCUCUCCUCAGCCAGGCCAAUCCCCUUUAGGCUCGGACAUAAAUACCCAGAGUGUCCAUGACAGAACAAGGCACUGAUUGUGUAUUUCUUAUGCUUAACCUCUGCACCCUGUAAGUCAUCUGUUUCCAAUAGUCUGCCACACUACUUCCUUGAAAACCACUACAGGCCCAUUCAUUAAUCUCCUCUGUUUAAACAAUGCUCUAGAAGGACACCUUUCUAACCCAAAACUGAAACCAGCUCCAUUGAUGGACGGUAAUCAAUUUUAUGAGUUUAUGAGUGGUCCUCUGUAGCUCAGCUGGUAGAGCACGGCGCUUGUAACGCCAGGGUAGUGGGUUCGAUCCCCGGGACCACCCAUACACAAAAAUGUAUGCACGCAUGACUGUAAGUCGCUUUGGAUAAAAGCGUCUGCUAAAUGGCAUAUUAUAUUAUUAUAUUAUCAUAUUAUGAGUUAUCAUUUGUCACAAAUAUUCACUGGAAAAUGCAACAAGUAGGUUAAUGCUUAAUUUGUUAAUGCUGUGAAAUUCAAUCAGGACAGGCUGUUUAGUACAGUACGUCUGGUGUUAUACAUUUCAGCACCACUGUUAGAUUCCUCCAUGCUAGUCACGUCUCCUACAAUGGAUAUUGACUCCUGGUCAAGCGUUAGUUGUUAUCUAACUGAGAAUGGUAACCUCUUUAAGUCAUUCUAGAUUAAAACCUUCAAUGAAAACAGAGAAUGAGAAAAUGGGGGGCAUGAAAUCUGCUUGUAUUUGCUGCAGCACUUCAUGACAAGCUGCAGAGUAUAUUUGGCUUGUCUUUGUGUUUAUUUAAAAGAAGGAGAGGACAAAUAUGCAGACAUGGCGUAGUUGGAGAGUUGGGGUUUUUCUGAAAAAAUAUUUCUUUGAAAUAAGCGAAUAAUGAGGUAGUGGCAUUAAGUCAUUUAGUUCAGUGUUAUUAAACCAUUGCAUGGAGUGUAUAUAUAACCUUUCCCUCGGACUGAGACUGAGGCUCCGCACCGCAGUCUCAUAACUCAGCCAGUCAACUGUCCCAGGCAGAGGCGUGACCGACAGACAUAUAGACAGACAGACAGGCCGACAGACAGACAGGCCGACAGACAGACAGGGAGACAUGGUGGGAGACAGACACGGCGGGAGACAGACACGGCGACAGAGAGGGAGACAUAGAGGGGGGACAGACACAGGCAGACAGACAGACAGACAGGGUGACAGACAGAUACACAGAUAUGGAGACAGACAUUAAGACAGACAUGGAAACAGGAAGGGAGACAGGGAGACAGGGAGCGAGAAAGACAGGCAGCCAGAGCUGAGAGCAGAGUUAUGAGCAGAGGAACUGCUGACAGGGCCCUAUGGUGACGGAGGCAGAGAUUGACUUUUUCAGCCAGGCAUGGAUGAGAGAGAGAGAAGUCCCUCUCUGGGAAUGCUUCAGUAAAAAGGGCCACUGUUCUCAUUUCCCUCUUUUUUUUAAAGAGGCUAAUUAAAGGUUCCUUUCUUCUAAAAGCUAAAAUAAAGCGAACCCUAGGUAGUGCUUAAUGACAGUUUAUUUUACAGAAGGUGAGCGCUCUGCAGACCUUUAUUCUUUUAUGUGUCUCUCUCUGUUACCGGUUGGGUUUAUUGGUGAGUAAUGAUAGUUUCCUCCUCUUCCUGGUGAUUAGAGAAAUGGUUCACCCUGUGGUGCUUUCCAUCAGUUGUAGGUGACCUGGGAGAGGAUCAGACGCCACGCGACCCUUCAGACCAGACUAGGACCUACUGUACGCUUAUACUGUGUUUAGCCAACUUCACUCCCCUAUUUUCCAUUGUACCAGCCAUAUUUCCCCUUUGAAGUACCCUGCACAUCUGGGCACAGUGCAUUGGGAGGGGGCUGGCUGCAGAAUGGUAGCCUUAUGAAAGCAGUGGUAGAGCCAAGUCAGCCCACUAGCUGCCUCACUCAUUAAUUAGACAGGCUUAUCAGGUUGCUGGACAGAUUACUGCUGCGCUGCAGAGAGAGAGAGAGCCAUUGCACAGAGCAGGCAGGGCACGAGGAGCAGCUGUAUAGCUGUGGAACCACAGAGGGAUGGAGAGAGGGAGGAGGGGAGAGUAGGGGUAGAGUACACUUUUUAAACUAGGCCUCAUUAAGUCCUUCCAAAUAUUUGAAUGGUCUACUUUAUCUGACCGCUGGCCUCCGAGUCACCUCCAGUCCUCCAUGAGGCUUUCCUGUGCCAGAUACUUUUGCCCCUGUGAAAAUACCAUGAAAAUACGACUUUUUAUGUGGAUCAAUUGUCUGAAAUGUUGUAGGAGAGGAAUUCAAAGCUCCUAUAACUGACUGUUGCAGAAUGUGCUGAAGGAUGUGAAAUGGAGUUGGGAGGGGGCUGGGGGGCUGUAAUGGUGCUUGCUGUUUAUUUAAGCUGGCCUGGCCACAUAAACAGAGGCUGGGUCUGGACUCACGGUACAGACACUAAUCCCUGCCUGUUUACUCUGUGGGGAGGGCUGUUUCUCCACAAAACAAGGCAAAAGGCCUUGAUGAAAACUGGGCUCAUUUCUGUUGACCUUUCCCCUGUUAGUGCAGUGUUUGGAGCGCCAUGUUUGGACAAUAAAUCUCCGGGCCCGCAGCCAGAGACAGGAAGUAUAGGAUUUCAGGGUUGCCAUGGAGACAGCCUUGGGAGGGAUAGCGUGGACUGAGAAGUCCUCAAGAAUCCCACUAGUCACUACUGACUCUGGCCUGUCCUCAUGAGCUUUAAAGCCAUGAUGAUAAUGCACAUACUGUAUAUUCAACCAAAGUUUAUUUGUAAUGUCAGUGUUUGUGCUCUGUCUCCUCUCUCUGUCUCUCUCCAGCUACGUUCCUGUCCAGCCUGGGCCAGUAUGAGAUUGCCAUCCCGGUUCGCGUGGGGCCGCAGGGCGAGACCCUGGACACAGACGAUGGGGGUGCAGACAGCCCCAACCACCAUCGGCGGAGCCGCCGCAGUGCUGAGGACCAGCAACAGGACCUGUCCCAGCUGUACUACCAGCUCUCUACCCCCACAACCAACUUUCUUCUCAACCUGACCCUGCAGGGGGGCCUGCUGUCCCGUCAGUUCCGUGUGGAGUACUGGAGGAGGGGACGUCUGGCCUGGAGCCACCCUUACGCCCUUCAGUGUCUCUAUGUAGGCCACCUGCAAGAUCAGCCCCACUCUAGCAAGGUGGCUCUCAGCAACUGUAAUGGCCUGGUAAGAAUUUGUUGUCCUUGGCCUCAAGGGACCCAGGGCUAAUGGAGCUCCAGUGGAAUCCUCUCCCUCUCAGUGUAACAUUAUGAUUCUGUGUACUAGGAUAGCUCUGACCCUGGAUCCUGGACUAGACCAGGGCACCUGUCUGGACCACAUGCUAUUCUGGAGCAGUAAUGCACCUGUGUAAACAAGGGAUUACCAAAGCCCAUUGUUAUCACCAGACUUCCCCUGCUGGUCACAACUCAUAACGUCACUAAGGCAUGUUCACAGCUGGACGUCCAGACCAUUCAGUAGCCAGCUAUCACCUCCGCCCACGGCAGACCCUUUUGAAAUAAUGAAAUCAGUCAAAUGACACAAUUCCAAUGAAAUUGACACAUGAAAGCAUUCUCCUUAUCCAUCUAUUAUUGUGAUCCCUUUACAGCUAAUAAAUAAUUGGGCCCAAAAUAACAGGGGUAAAUACAACCAAGGAUUAAAUCUGCUCACAAAGUGUUAAUAAGCCCCACACAUAAUUACUUGUGGUCAGACUAGCAUAACUUAAUUCAGCAGGGAAUCCGCUGUGUGUCCACGAGAGCAUCACUAAACACAUUAGAGGAUUAGGUACACUCUGAAAGUGCGCUGCUAUUGUAGCGACUAGAGAGGGCCAGGGGGGAAACACUCACUUUGACCUCAGAGGCUGCAGUCAAGAUAUCUAAUCAGGGGAAGUGUUAGUGUCUCUCUGUCUCCUCUCUGUGGAAAGACAGAUAGGAUCACUCUCCCUAUGUAUCUGACCUACAGAAAAGUCUGGGAGAGAGGUGAGGGCCUGUAUUUGUUUAGGCCCAGGCUGAUGAGAGACUGAUAUGAUUAUCAUUCCAGGCCAGGGAUAGUUAUGUACUGUACUGUAUCCACUGAGGGGAGGUGAGAUAUUAGAGACUGGCUGUAGACAGACGGAGACCUCCAGUAAUGCUACUGUAAUGGGCCUGUCAGGCAGCCGAGAUACUGACAGGCAGCCGAGAUACUGACAGGCAGCAGAGAUUGGGACUUCUGUACAUGUCAGUUCUUGUCCCGUCACCACCAGCCUUCAGAGGGCCCCUGGCUCACCUCUGCUUCCCUGACUUUUCCAGCAGGGGGUGAUCGUGGCGGGGGGUGAGGAGUACAUCAUCGAGCCUCUGACCCCGGCCGAAAACCUCACGAGGGGGGAGAGCCGCCCCCAUGUGGUUUACAAGAGGUCAUCUCUUCGCCACCAGUACAUGGACCAGUCCUGUGGGGUCAUCGGUAGGUAGAGCUGUCUGGGUACUGGGUACAACAUGCCCAUUUAAACGCUCAUGUUUCACAGGUUACGAUUGGAUCAGCAAACAGUUGUUUAUGAUAUCUGCUGUACAAGCAGUCUCAGUUUACAGGACAUAAUAACCUUGUUUUAAUACAUGUACAUUAAUGCCACUCUUCUCAUCAGUCAAAAUGUUGUGGAGUGGCUCUUAUCAGGUAGUGUACCCUCUCCUCUCUCAGUACCAUUAACCGCUCUUUGUGACUGUUCUUCAGAUGAGAAGCCAGGUAAAGGCAUGUCCUGGUGGCAGAGGACUCUGAAGACCCCUCCCAACCCCAUCGGCCGAGGCCAGCUGCCCCUGAAGAGGUCUGUGAGCAGAGAGCGCUACGUAGAAACACUGGUGGUGGCCGACAAGAUGAUGGUGGGGUACCACGGCCGCCGGGACAUCGAACAGUACGUCCUGGCUGUCAUGAAUAUUGUAAGUUUCACAUCGAGUCAGAUCACUACAACUGGCAGGGUGGAAAACUCUGAAAAUACUUGAAAAAGCCCCAUAAUCUCCUUUUGUCCUAUCCACUUUGUCUGUGUUUAGGAUUGAGUCUAGGAUUGUUGUUACUGUAUUGAAUGGUUCUUCUGUCAUCUCCUACAGAUAGUGUAAUAGUAUUCUUUCACAGGAUAUCACUUCACACCCUGUUGAUCAGAUGGCUAAGCACACACUCAUGUCUGCAAUGUAUUUAAUGAAUGGUUGGCCUCAUUUUACUGUUCCACACCAGGUUGCAUCCAUCCUGUCACAAAAUCCCAAACAGAAGAAACUAAACUACAGGAGUGUACUGUAAAGUAACCCAAAUUACACACGUUUCUAGGUUGUAAGUGGUAGUGAUGAAUGAUGUGUCAGCUCUUUUUAAGACUGGUCUUUUCUUGUUUCCCUGGAGGUCAGGUUGCCAAACUGUUCCAGGAUUCUAGCCUGGGGAACGCAGUGAACAUCGUGGUGACCCGCCUCAUCCUGCUCAUGGAGGACCAGGUAUUCUCUUCUAGACCCAUUCUGGAAAAAUCUCUGCCUUUCAAUGGACUCAAUGGAGUCUACAUCCAUCCACCCUGCCUCCUCUGCAUCUCACUCCUAGUCCAGUCCAGCCUAGUUUCCAGGCCAGCAUCUAUGAGCUCCUUGUUUGUGUCCAAUUAUUGGCUUAAGUGUUCUUCCUCCUAUGCUCCCAGCGGAGACUGUCUUGUAAGUGGAGCCGUUUGCGGUGGUAGAGAGAGAGCGACCUGCCAGGCGGCCCAGCCAUGACUGCACUUGUUGUUGCUGGUGACCUCUCGGGCCAUUGCUAUGACGUACAUUAGUGCCCUAGAAAAGUGCAUAUCAAAAUAAAAAGCUAAAUAUGAAGGCAGGCAUCACUGUGGCCUAGUGUUCUGUCCACCUGCUGCCUGGUGAUUGACAUGAAUGUCACGUCAUGUUCUUGGUCCCUGUCCAAUCCACCAGGCCAUGGCACUGUGCUAUUAACGGCAUGCGGUCAGACUGAGUGCCAGGACAGGGUUACACUCUCUGGCGUAAUGUGGACAUUAUAAGCUUCAGAGGGUAUUAUAAGGGGACUAGUGGGUUUGCAGUGAAGGUACUGUGGCAGUGUAAUAACCCUUUUUCACUCACAGCUCCUGUCAUCCUGUAUACGCCCGGGUUGAAAUUUAUAGAUUUUGUCAUUGAUAAGCGCCUUAAUUGGAACGCAGUGGCUGUACAGUACCAUGCUAUACAUGACAUCAGAGUUUCUCCACUUCACAGCGCUGUAUGGGUUUUCACUGACAGCCGUUAUAAACUUGAGCACCGUGCGCAACAAGAAGAUUCCCCCAUCCCUUCCACUAAUUGGGCUACUUUUUGCACAUUUUGUUGUUGUCUGAGUGAGGGAAAUGCUGUAAAUCGAGAGGAGUCGAUGUGUUCUGAAAGAUGAGACUUUGAGGAUUGUAAUAAAUACAGCUUUGAUGUCAUACAAGCAAACCACACACCCAUGAGUCCAAAUGUGCACUUCACAUUUCCAUAUUUGAAAACUCAUGUCAUUUACAGUAUCAAUGUUUACGAUCGCUAUGUUUGAUCCACAGUUACAAGGAUGACAUGCGUUAUACCCGGGGUCGUCCUGAACAGAAUGAGCCUAUGUUUGUCGUAUUGUGAAGAAAAUUUGAGGCGGAACACGCACAUGAAUGCACUCCUGUCUCCAUUCUAAACCACUCUAUGUCUGAAGUGCCUUUUGAAAGCCUAGCACUGUAAGAUCGUAUUCUAUUACUUAGAUAACCAUGUUAGCAAUAUAAUACGCUUUCAAAUGAUGCCCACCUGACCCAUACUGCGAUUUUAAAGUGUAAUGAACAUUUUUGGAUUGUGUAAACAACAACAGUAAUUGUGUGAUGGUGGGAAUGCAGGUAUGUGUUCCAAACAAAAAACUAUAAGUGUGCUUGCUUCAGUUUCUCAAUAGUAAAGCUAGGAGAGUUAAAAAAUGCACCUUAAAGUGGAAGGCUCUUUCCUUGAGCCAUAAAAAUGCAAUGAAAUUACUUAGGAGCUGUGCACAGUUUGGAGAGGUGUGUCCACUUGGAGACACCAUUGAGACCUCACUCAAACCCUUGUAGUCUUUUUUUUACCUACUACAAAAUGUAUAUAAAUAUUCUUAUUAUGUUACUGAAUGUAUCCAGAGUAUUUUCAGAUUUCGUAAUUGACAAAUGCUGUGAAAAGUACAGUAAAUGUAAAAUGCACAUCAAAUCAACAGUGUAAUGUUUGGAUUCAGUCUUGUGUCAGGUUAACUGUUGUGUCCUCAGCUUUUGGUCUGAUAAUUUCACCAUCAUCUCCAAAGUGUUCUUUCAAUUGCUACCAUUGUCAUGCAUAUGAUUUUUAUACUUCUUCUGUAAGAAACAUUUCAGUUUGGCCCUAUCCAUAUAGACCAUUUCCACGAGUGUAAAGGGUUAGCAACCUGUAUGAUUCAUACCAGACAGCUGAAAAUAAGCUCCUGAAAUUUGCCCCGGGCGUAUGUCAUCUGACAAAUAAAUAAAUGUUAUGAUCAUUAGCAGUAGUAUUAGUAUUAUUCUUGCCGUUUUAGUCUGUUGUGGUUGGGCUCAGACCAAAAGUAGUCUCCCAGAGCAGAGAUUCUGCUGGUUCCAGCUGAAAACUGCCCCUGGAAAACAAAACAGGCCAGCCAGCCCACUGAGCCCAGAGAUGGAUUGUGGGAUGUGACAAUUACUAGUUAUGUCACCACCAUGUGCAUUCCUGUGUUACCAGCCUUACCCAGCUGUAGCUAGGAGAGUAUUCCCUCACCCCUGCCAGGGUGGCUAAUGGCAGAGGGAGAGCAAAGCAGUAGACGCUCCUGUCCUUAUCAGUCCAGUUCAAUAGCCCCUUGGCAGAGGCUCAUUCCACAGCUAUGGUUAUACUGAUAAAUUCUGUUUAUGUAGGGAAAAGGAAUUAUUGGACCACACAGGGAAUGUCUGUCUCAUUACUCCCGUUGGCUUCUAAAUGAUUGUCGGUGGUGGCAGAUCUAUGAAAACCUAAAAGUGAUUUAUACAGUCAUUUGAUUAUUUCACUGUACUCUGUUCCUUAAUAUGUUGAUUUCAGUUUGUAUUCUGUCUCUGUCAGCCGACUCUAGAGAUCAACCACCAUGCAGGGAAGUCCCUGGACAGCUUCUGUAAGUGGCAGAAAUCCAUCCAGAACCGGAAUGGCAAUGGGAACGCCAUCCCAGACAACGGCAUUGCUCACCAUGACACUGCCGUGCUCAUCACCAGGUCAGCACUCAUAGCACCAGAACAUUCUUAGUGAUUCAGUGUUCACAACUCGGACUUUCGCGUCAAUCAUUAAUUGACGCCAAUCUGAAACUUUUGUGAACAAUCGAGAUAAGUGCACAGAUCUCAAGACCGAAUACUGCUCUUAGUACUGAAAGGCACCCGCUAGCAUUGUCAAUGCACAUAAUGAAACCUCUCUAGCCUAAUUCCUUAAUGAUCCACCACUGAGUCUAUUGGACAAACAGAAUAUAUUAUGCUCAAAUUCUUAUUUGGAUUACGGUUUUAGUAAGAACUUACUCCAUAUUCUGCCCUCGAGAUGCCUCUGAGUUCACAGGCUCCUUCCUUACCUCAUGGCCUGUCAUUUUCGGCAAAUGUGCGUUAGUGUCUGGUCCUGUCUGGAGUGAUGAAACCUAGGCAGUUAUACUCAACUGAGCAUCUGGAGAGAGAGCGCUGUAGAGCGAGAGAGGUAGAGAGAGGGAAGGAAUCAGAGCACAGCUGCCUUGAAUCUGACAGCCUUGAGCCGGGCCAAGGAAGCAAAGUGCAGUUUCAGAAAUAGUGAGGCACUAUUUAGGGGGGAAACGGCAACAGCAGUGGAAACACAAUACUGCAGAGAGAUACAACAGAGCACCAUUCACUGAAAAACACUCCUCUGCCCAUGCUUGGCUCCUGUUCCUAGUAGCUUGGAGUAUCUUGGGAUGUUUGGUCUGUGAGAACAUGUUCUUUAUAUGAAGACUUUUAUCAAAGAGGGAUGGAAAAUUAAGUAACCAUCAUUUUAUUUCCUGCCAUUGUUCAGACCGUAUCAGUUACUUAUCAGGUCUGUUAUGUGUCCAUAGGGCUUAGUGUCGCUGAGAGAGAGAGGGGGGAGGGAGAAAGCGACAGCGAGCGAGAGGAGAGAAAUAGUGUAUGUGUGAGAGUCUUUGUGUGUGUGAUUACAUGUGUGAGUGCUUUUUGCUGAAUGUAUGUUUUAGUGUAAGUGUGUGUCAGGGUGUGGACGCACCGACUGCCAGAGUAUUCAUUUUAGUAAAUUAUUUAUUUCCCUUCCUGUUCCUAGGUACGACAUCUGCAUCUACAAGAACAAGCCAUGUGGAACCCUAGGUAGGACCUCUGGUUAAACCUGGAAGCCCAGCCCAGGAGAGGGCUAACCCUGGGCAUACACACUGCACACACACACUGCACACACACAGGCCGCUUGUUGGGAAGCACUGAGCUUCAGUGUCAGACUAUAUAUAAUCUAAAGAGCCAGGGGAGGGGAUGUGACUCAGGAAACUGCCCUCAUUUUCACUAUUAAGUACCUACCUAUCGUAUCUCUGCUGCAGCUGACUGACCAUCAUGACUGACUAGCACAGUCUUAGAGUGACACAUAGAUGCAGAAUUGUAGGUUUUAGUUAAGUUUGUAAUGCAUGUAACUGUAUGUAUUUUUACUUGCAUCACCUCUGUAUGUGCUUCAGCAUGCAUGAAUUGGAACGGACAUUUCUGGCUAUGUUAGAGACAGUAUUGUGUGUGUCUCUGUCCCAGGUCUAGCUCCAGUGGGGGGGAUGUGUGAGCCAGAGAGGAGCUGUAGCAUCAACGAGGAUAUCGGCCUGGCCACAGCCUUCACCAUCGCCCACGAGAUAGGACAUACGUAAGGCGCUCACCCACGUCACCUAUAUCACCCUCAUAUCCCUCACCACUGGGGCCCUGAGUUGUUCCUGACCAGGGAAACAAUCGGGGCCCCAGUAACAGUUACAGCCUUCAUCACCUUUGACACACCCUUUGGUCUUUAGGCUCGGCUUCUGUUUUAUGGACCUACGCUGUUUCAAUAAACCACUCUUUCAUUGGUGUUACCUGUGACCCCUCAUAGGAAACCCCUGUCCUGGCUUCUGCACCUGCCUCUGCCCCUUGCCCCCAACCUGCCCAUAACCCCCACCCCUGCGCUGACCUGGGCUAAACUGGCCCAGCCUCAGCGUGAGAUUGCUGUUAGAUUAGAGCUGUACCAGAGGGAGAACUUACGUAAUUACCUCCAUGAGUAAUUUCCAUCAAUACACAACUUGUUAAUAGCUUAAUAUUUUUCUUUGUCAUAUUUAUACGCAAGUGGAAAAAGUUACGAGUGUGGCUGGUACACUAUAUCAUUCUGGGCCUACCUCAAUGCCUGGCAAUAGGCAUGUCUUUUGUACCUUCCCUUCAAGACACUUAGUUUUACUUGCUGGCAUACCAGCCGAUCUUACUCAUGCAUACAUAUUUAUCUAGGCGUAUGCCUGAGUAAUAUCGGACAUGCUCCACUGGACAUGCUUGUCAUUUCCAAACCUCUUCAUUCCCUGCCAUGAAAGAGGAUUCUGUUAGAUUUGCGCUGAUAUUUUCCUUUCAAAAGCCAUUACUUGGUAUCAUUUUAGAAAAUCCACUAUUUUUGCUAAGUAAUUGAGUGUGCCAUUUACCUACGUGUGGACACAGGCCUCUGAGGUAUUUUCACAGGUGGCAAACCCAUUGGUGCUCCCCCCUAAUGGCUAGUCCAGGUACCUUUGAACUGGAUGGGGUGCUUGUACCCUGGGGCUGUCUAGACGGUGGGCCUUGUCUUUUACAGUGCCUAUGGAAGUGUGUAUCAGACAGAGAGAGCAGAGCACAGAGACACUUUGCUGUCUGUUAAAUCUGCACAGACCCAGUUCCGCGCUCAUGGUGUUAAUGAGGUUAACAGGGAGAGGAUGUUUGAUACCAUCACCAAUACCCCAAUACCUUUUUCACACAUGCUCAGUCACCCAGGAGAUAUAUCAAUGCAGUACCAUCUGGUUCUCCCUGCAGGUUUGGGAUGAACCAUGACGGAGUGGGCAACGCCUGUGGCUCCCGCAGUCAGGAGACAGCCAAGCUGAUGGCUGCACACAUCACCAUGAAGACCAACCCCUUCGUCUGGUCUGCCUGCAGCCGAGACUACAUCACCAACUUCCUAGAGUGAGUCUGAGACUCACCUCCAAUGCAUAGGAUAUUAAAGGGAGUUGCAGGGCUUGUUAUGUGUGGACAGUGGGAUAGAGUAACUAGCUAGGUACAUUGUGGGUGAGGUCCAUGUUUGUUGGGCCUGUAUUCAUUGUCUUCUCCUGUUUGUGUCUGCAGCUCAGGUAUGGGCUCAUGCCUCAACAACGUCCCCCCGAAGCAGGAGUUUGUGUACCCAACCACGGCCCCUGGCCAGGCCUACGAUGCAGACGAGCAGUGCCGCUUCCAGUAUGGAGUGAAGUCUCGGCAGUGUAAAUACGGGGUACCUACUCACCUUCCUCCUCUAACUCGCUUGAUAAGGCUGUAUGGUCAUUUGUAGCUGACAGAUACAUUCAGUACUGUAUGUGUGACCCAUGUAGAAAUGAUACUCACACAAAUCUUCUGAUCCAUCAGUACCACGUGCACCAUAUGUCCUCUCCCUCCUUCCCCUACUCCAGAGCAGACGUGCGUUUCUCCUCUCCAUCUGUAGGCCAGCUCUCCUCUCCUCUCUGGCAUAUCUCUGGCUGUCUGCCCACUCUGAUCAGUGCAGCAUGAAGGCAGGGUAGCCAGUAGCCACUGGAUUUACUGCUAUUUAUUUGUCUCCCAGCUAGAGUUGACAUUUUAUUUUUAACCAGUCCCAUUGGUUUUUGGCCCCAUGUGUGAAGAGUUUAUGAAGAAAUAUUGUGCUAUCUUUAUUGUAUAACAUUUUUUAUUAGAUGGUCUAUUUUAUUGGCCCGACAGCUGAGUGAACAGACAUCUGGAACAAAAUAGUACUUUAUAGUGUCAUUAUCAUUGAUACUUUGCAGUCAGAGCAUAUGUAUACAAUAAAAUACAGCGCCAUAUGUUAUUGCUAUUGUAAAAGCCUUAAAUACAUUAGCACCACAGAGACCAGAGGUAGUUGAACCAACCACUGGUGCCGUCUGCUCCGGGUCAGUGGGCCCUCUUGGCUGGGCUCAUCAGGGCCUGUUGUCUCUAUAUGUUCUGAAAUGGACACACUCUGACAGCUCUCCCUGUGUCUGCAGGAAGUCUGCAGUGAGCUGUGGUGCAUGAGCAAGAGCAACCGCUGCAUCACCAGCAGCAUACCUGCUGCGGAAGGAACCAUCUGUCAAACCAAUACCAUAGAGAAAGGGGUAAGCACUGGAAUGUUCCAUGAUCAGCAGAAAUGGGGGGUGUUUGGUUUUUAUUUCAUUAGUUCCACAGCUUGUGCCUCUCCUGUGUGUGUUACAGUGGUGCUAUAAGAGGGUGUGUGUGGCCUACGGGACCCGGCCAGAGGGGGUGGACGGCGGGUGGGGUCUUUGGACCCCCUGGGAGGAGUGCAGCCGUACCUGUGGGGGAGGAGUGUCCUCCUCCAUCCGCCACUGUGACAGCCCCAGGUGAGUGAUGUGGAUCUCAACUCUGUCCAUAGGACGGACAAUAGUCAUUGAAUUCACAGCCACUGUAGAACUGUAAAGCCAUAGGGUUGAAUCUGGCUGGCUCUUCCUAACUUCCAAGCACAUCUGUUUGGAAGAGAGACGCCAGUCUACCACCAAUCAUUUUAACAUCUCACAAUAAUCACCCACGUGCAACAAUGACAGCCGUAAUAAAGGAUAUCAACACAGACAGUGGCAAACUGACUUCUCUCUGGUGUUUCUACUGAGGAGUUAGUCUGAUUUGACUUGGAUAGCUGAGUAAUAAAAAUACAGACCGAAAAGAUUGAAACAGGGUGGUAGAGCCCGGCUAGCCAUGCGGGAGGAGAAUAGAACCCAGUGUGAUUGGGGAGUUAUUGUUCAAUUGCACUCAGAUGUGUUUUGCCUCUGCUUUUCUGGUUCCAGGCCAACGAUUGGUGGAAAGUAUUGUCUGGGAGAGAGGAAGCGCUUCAGAUCGUGCAAUAUUGAUGUGAGUGGGGGAGCAGAGCAGAGUGGAGCAGCAGCUCCCUCUGAGAGGCCUACAGUACCAUCACCAUACUCAUCCUGGCCUGGCCCAACUCUACAGCUCUCAGACUGACCUAAUUAACAGCAGCCUGCCCAGCCCAGAACUAAUGCCCUCAGUGUGUGUGUGUGUGUGUGUGUGUGUGUCCAUGCGUGUGUGUGUUUGGUAGAGUGUAGAGGCUACUAUGAGUUCAGUCUUAUUUUAAAUGACUGCUGGCAGCAAAAGAGACAGGGUAGGGGAUACAGUGGGUGUCUGAUGUCGAGAGGCCUGUGAUUUGACUGACACAGAGCUGAUCUGUGCCCCUCUGUGUGUGUCUGUCUCAGGAGUGCCCUGCAGGCUCUCAGGAUUUCCGGGAGAUUCAGUGCUCCGACUUCGACAACGUUCCUUUCCGGGGGAAAUUCUACACCUGGCAACCCUACAGGGGAGGUGUGUACAGUAAGUGUGCGUGUGUGUGUACCCCCUCCCCCCUCCACAGCAGACUGUGAUACAUCAUUACAGAGGUAACUACAGUGUGUCUGCUCGGUUGUCAUUUCAGGCUGAAAACGUCUGAAGAUAGGGAGAAAGCUGACAUACCUGCCUGUGAGUUUACAGAGAAAGAAUAGUGCAGCAGCACAUAGAGAGAGCUGAGCAGGAGAGUGCUGCCAGACCGUGGGCCCAGAAAAGGAAGAGGGGAGAGCAGAAAAGAAGAGAGAAGUAGGGUAGAGAGAAGAGUAAAGGGGAAAGCUGCAGACAAUCUCCUGUCUGGCUAGAAUGCCUGUGCUUGAUGAGCGCUGCGCUGGACGCGAAAGAUAAAUACUUUCGACGACAUAGCUGCCUUUAAUCUACCAGUCCAAUAACAUAAUGGCUUACAGAGGGGCCCUCUCCAACUCCAGGCAACAAGUGCUCCUUUCAUCAAGUCAGCUGAUUUUACAAUGGAAAUCCCUUGCAGCUGUUAAAAUACGAGCUGUGCCACAGUCUGCCCUGCGUUAGGGCUAUAUCACACAUCCCAGCCCCCUUCUCUCCCCUCACUCACUCACUCACUCACUCACUCACUCACUCACUCACUCACUCACUUCUUCACUCUCCUUCUACAUUCCUCCCUCUUUCUCCCUCUCUGUCCUGCUUUCUUUCCCCCUCUCUCUUGCUAUUUUCCUCUCUCUCUCUCUCUCUCUCUCUCUCUCUCUCUCUCUCUCUCUCUCUCUCUCUCUCUCUCUCUCUCUCUCUCUCUCUCUCUCUCUCUCUCUCUCUCUCUCUCUCUCUCUCUCUCUCUCUCUCUCUCUCUCUCUCUCUCUCUCUCUGUCCUGUACUCGGACACCUCUAGCAGGCCAUCGGGCUCGACUCAGACAGCCAAGGACAGUUCAUUCAAAAAAGUUUUAGCAGUCAUAUACAUUUUUUUCUGAGGCAUGAGCCAUCCACAUUGUUGAGCUCGGUCCAACAACUUUUGCAGGAAGCCUUCCUCCAGCAGGCCCACCAAGUCAGUCAGCCCCCGUCCAUCCAUCCAUCAUCCCACAGCUUUGUCAUCCGCUAGCCUCCCAGGCAGCACAUACUGUACCUGUUUCAGCGGUGCCAGCACAAACAGAGCCCAAAGUGAUUGCAACAACUUUUCACAGUGGAACUAGCUGGAAAUGGGUAUACUUGGCUAGUGCACAGCCGUGGCAGUAUUAGAUGACUUGUCAGCCCAUAAAGUGAUAUGUUAGUGCACAGGCUGCUCUUCCAGCCCGUAGGGGGUAACAGUUUGGGGGGUUGUGGGCUGUGAUGCCAGAGAACCCUGGCUAAGAGAGUGGAAAGUCACUCUGCUGCCUGCCUGGUCCUGACUGUCGGCUGGUACCUCUGUGCUCCCUGCCUGGUCCUGACUGUCAGCUGGUACCUCUGUGUUGCCUGCCUGGUCCUGACUGUCAGCUGGUACCUCUGUGUUGCCUGCCUGGUCCUGACUGUCAGCUGGUACCUCUGUGCUGCCUGCCUGGUCCUGAAUGUUGCUCGAUUAGCACUUAUUUCUGCUCUCACAUGACCAGAGCCUGGCCAGGUUAUAAAGCAUGGAAACUGGGUUGACCAAAGGGGGGUGGUGAGUAAAGUGAGACCAUGGCUGUGUUGUGUUGUAUGUGUGUUGCAUUGUGUGUAUGUGUUUGUGUUGUGUGUUGGGUCGGCCCAUAGAGCAGAUGUGCUGGCGUUUCCGUGCUGAGACAUUGAUUGGCCUUGUCAGCCAGUAAGAGAGCUCAGUGUGGUCGCUGGCAUGCUCUGUAAUAUGGUAUAAAUGAGAGCACCUGUCAGUGCACAAAUACCCCCCCCGCCCCCUCUCCCUUUCCUCUCCCCCUGUCGGUUUUUGUGCAAGUCUGCAGGAUUACCACAUUCCAGUUUCCCAGGGAAUUUGCUGAGAGAUGCACUAUUUCUGUUAGCGCCCUCUCGUUCUUGUUGUUGUGAGCAUUUGACCCCACUGUGCUGUUAGCGGAACCAAAAGCCUCAGAACACACAGCCCCUGAUCAGUCCCAGACCUUAGGUGGUAGAGGGGUGACACAGACAAAGAGGGGGCCGAGGGGACAAAAAGGUUAUGUGUGUGUGUGGAUAGAGGGAGUGAAGGGGGGGACUUAAUCACAAUCAGCUGCUUGUUCUCUUGAUGUUAACAAUCCAAACUGUGCUCUCCCCUCUCCAGACCUCCUCCACCUCCCCACUCUCCUCUCUGCCUGCUUGUUCUCUUGAUGUUAACAAUCCAAACUGUGCUCUCCCCCCUCCAGACCUCCUCCACCUCCCCACUCUCCUCUCUGCCUUUGGCACCCGAGUCCUUACAGCUGUGGGGGAACAAACUAACUGGGUGGAACAUAAAACCCAUUAAAAUACCAUGCGUGGUCAUCAGACACAUUAGAGCAGCCCGUGGUGUUUCUCAGUAAUGGAGGGGAACGGCUGGAGUAAUUGUAUUGUGUCUUCACCCAACAAGAGGCAUCAGGCCUCACUGCUGAAAGUGCAAAUAAAGAGCGAAGUGGAAGUGAUUUUCUUUUCGUGUUUGUGAUAACGUUGUGUAAUGUUGUAAACCCGACAGAGCAGCACAAUAUCGCAUUGUGUAAAUGUUUUUGAGUAAUGAAAUGGUGUGAAAGCCAGUGUGUGUGCCAUAUAAAAGGCUGAGUCUGAUGUUGUUGUCUCUGCUGGCUGCUGCAGAUCCUAUAGAGGACCUCCGCAGCUGGCUCUCUGGUCAACUCAAUCUAGCUCUUAAUCAUGCUAUGUGUUGUUUACCAAGACACCUAAUGAAACGUACAGCUCUUAAUAACCUCUGACUUAUUUCUGAUGGUAUUGUCAUGUCCUUGCCAAAACACCAGCCGUCUAUGGGAUCCUAUAGAUGACCUUCACAGCUGCUCCUCUCGCCACCAGCCUGUACCGUUGAUACCAGGCAGGAUGGGUCCAUGGACUCAUGCUGCUUAAGCCAAAUCCUGACUCUGCAAUCAGUAUGACGCAACAGGAACAAGGAUUUGUCAGACCAGGCAAUGUUCUUCCACUCCUCAAUUGUCCAGUGUUGGUGAUCGCGUACCCACUGGAGCCACUUCUUCUUUUUAGCUGAUAGGAGUGGAACCCUGUGUGGUCGUCUGCUGCAGUAGCCAAUCCAUGACAAGGAUUCGACGAGUUGUGCGUUCCGAUAUGCCGUUCUGCACACCACUGUUGUACUGCGCCGUUAUUUGUCUGUUUGUGGCCCGCCUGUUAGCUUGCACAAUUCUUUCCAUUCUCCCUCGACCUCGCUCAUCAACGAGCUGUUUUAGCCCACAGGACUGCCGCUGACUGAAUGUUUUUUUUUUUUUUUCACCAUUCUCGGUAAACCAUAGACACUGUUAUGCGUGAAAAGCCCAGGAGGGCGGCCGUUUCUGAGAUACUGGAACUGGCGCGCCUGGCACCGAUGAUCAUACCACACUCAGUCGCUUAGGUCACCCGUUUUGCCCAUUCUAACGUUCAAUCGAACAGUAACUGAAUGCCUUGAUGCCUGUCUGCCUGCUUUAUAUAGCAAGCCACGACCACGUGCCUCACUGUCUGUAGGAGCAAUCCAUUUUCGUGAACAGGGUGGGAUACCUGUCCGGUGAGUGUAUAUUGUUGUUUACCCAACAGUAUCACAACAAUUCAUGAAAAUAACAAUGCACAGCUCUUAUAAACCUCUGACAUGAUGGUAUUGUCAAGGCAGGGUAUUUGUUGUUUACCCAAUAGUAUUACAUGACAGCUUAUUUACAUUUACAUUUUAGUCAUUUAGCAGACGCUCUUAUCCAGAGCGACUUACAGUUAGUGAAUACAUAUUUUUUUUAUACUGGCCCCCCGUGGGAAUCGAACCCACAACCCUGGCGUUGCAAACGCCAUGCUCUAUCAACUGAGCUACAUCCCUGCCGGCCAUUCCCUCCCCUACCCUGGACGACGCUGGGCCAAUUGUGCGCCGCCCAUGAGUCUCCCGGUCGCGGCCGGCUGCGACAGAGCCUGGAUUCGAACCAGGAUCUCUAGUGGCACAGUUAGCACUGCCUUAGACCACUGCGCCACUCAGGAGCAAAACCAACAGUCCUUAGCCUGCGUUUACACAGGCAGCCCAAUUAUGAUAUUUUGCCCAAUUAUUGGUAAAAGAGCUAAUCUGAUUGGUCAAAAGACCAAUUAGUGGAAAAUAUCAGAAUUGGACUGCCUGUGUAAACCCAGCCUUAAAAACUGACAUGAUGAUAUUGUCAGGUCCUUGCCAAAACACCUGUGAUCUAAUCAAGACCUCUAAUCAAGACCUCAAGACCACCGAGAGACGUAGGAUUGUGGGUAAACCCAACCCAAAUGUGUUGCAGAAUCUAAUCCGGGAUCUAUUUGUGUUUGUAUUGAUCUAUUGUCUCAUGUCCCUCUUCUCUGUGCUGCUCUGUUGUCCAGGUGGAGUGAAGUCCUGCUCACUGAACUGCCUGGCGGAGGGAUAUAACUUCUACACAGAGCGUGCUCCGGCUGUGGUGGACGGGACCCCAUGUCGAGACGACUCUCUGGAUGUCUGUGUGAACGGAGAGUGCAAGGUGAGACUGCUCCGUCCUUUCUAUCCUUUCCUCUCAUUUAACUCUUCUCCUCCUGGUUGUCUUGUUGAAUUAGUAUUGCCUUUCAGAUGGUAGUGCUCACUGCUCACAAAAACAAUGCCGAUUGUUCCCCCGUCCUGUUGUUUUUGGAUGGCUUCAGAGCCUGUCAAGAAGCAGAGUGGCUCUGGAACGGGAGGGGAGGAGGGAAAAACGAAAUACUCUCGCUGAAUGACACCAAACCACAAAACAUCUGAAUUGUUGUUUUGUGGUUUUCUGCAGCUAUGUGGAGCCGAGCUAGAUUUCAUUAGGCAGUUGAACGGCCAUCCCUCUCUCCUCUCUUGGGCUUUGUUUGGAGCUGUCUCAGGGCCUGGGCACGUGGAGGUGGUGUGAGUGGAAUUAUCUGGGCUCGUCCAGACUCCGAGCCUGUUUAUCAACAUCUCGGCUCUGUUCUCCUCUCCUCCUCUGUUCUGUUCUGUGUGUAGCAGGAACUCAGUGACCCUCCAGCUCAGCUGACCCUCCAGCUCAGCUGGCUAAACAUAUUCACUUCAGCCCCUUCUCCCACUUUCUCUCUGUUUCUUACUCUCUCUCUCUCUGCCUCUCUCUCUGGGUUUUUCCUAUUCUGGCAUUCUCACUUCUCAUCUCUCUCUUUAUCUCUUAUUUUCUAGCUCUCUCUGUUUCUUUCCCUCUCAUACUCUCCUUCUCUCAUUAUAUCUCAGUUUCUAUCUCCCAAUUUCUUUCCCAAUCCUCCCGUCUCCCUCUGAUAUUUAUGGUGCAUAUAAAAAGGCGAAAACAGUGAGGAGAAAAAUGUAAGUAUUGUUUGCAGCCUCAUGGUGGUUAGGAUCCAGAGAGUAAGGGAUUGAUUUGAAGCGAGCGAGGGAGAGGGAGUGGAGAGAGAGCGGGAGCAGAGAGAGAGAUGUGUGUGCUUGGAAACACAUGCGCAGGCUGCAGCAGGCUGCCUGGCCUGGGCCAGGCUCACCAGGGGACACGGCCCAGAGCCCAGUCUGAAUUGAAGGGCCAGAGCCCAGUUUGAACUGAAGGGCCCAGUCUGAAUUGAAGGGCCAGAGCCCAGUCUGAAUUGAAGGGCCAGAGCCCAGUUUGAACUGAAGGGCCCAGUCUGAACUGAAGGGCCAGAGCCCAGUCUGAACUGAAGGGCCCAGUCUGAACUGAAGGGCCAGGGCCCAGUUUGAACUGAAGGGCCCAGUCUGAACUGAAGGGCCAGGGCCCAGUCUGGAACAAGUCCUGCCAUUACUAAGGGGAAAUGGCUUCCACAUUGAUAGUUAAUGGAACCUAGACCUGCCUGGGUCAACAGGGUUUGAAGUGCCCCAGGGUUGCUCCAGCCAUCCAUUCACAUGUUAGAGUUACUGUACAGUGCAAUAGUUAAUUUAGACCAACAUUUGUGUUUACUUUGGCUUGAACCGUCUGUUGGUAUUUGGUAUUUUUUGUAUUUUAUUAGGAUCCCCAUUAGCUGUUGCGGAAGCAGCAGCUUUUCUUCCUGGGGUCCACACAAAACAUGAAACAUGACAUAAUACAUAACAUUAAUAGACAAGAACAGCUCAAGGACAAAACUACAUCAAUUUAAAAAAGGCACACGUAGCCUACAUAUCAAUACAUACACACAAACUCUCUAGGUCAAAUAGGGGAGUGGCAUUGUGCCGUGAGGUGUUGCUUUAUCCAUUUUUUUAAACCAGGUUUGCUGUUCAUUUGAGCAAUAUGAGAUGGAAGGGAGUUCCAUGCAGUAAUGGCUCUAUAUAAUACUGUACGCUUUCUUGAAUUUGUUCUGGAUUUAGCGACUGUGAAAAGACCCCUGGUGGCAUGUCUGGUGGGGUACGUGUGUGUCACAGCUUAGUACAGGUUGUGUCUUAGGAAUGGGUACGUUGUUGACAUCCUGUGCUGUCAGUUUAUUCAUUAGGCACCUGGGAAACGUUUCAAUCAGCCUCACUUCUGAAGGACUGUGUGUGUUCUGCUUUCCUCUCUAUAGAGGCUAGUGGCUGUGUCUGUGUGCCUCUGCCUGCGCCCUCUGAUCUGUGGCUCUUGUCUCCCUGCAGCACGUGGGCUGUGACCGGAUCCUGGGCUCGGAUGUGCGGGAGGACCGCUGCCGUAUCUGCGGGGGUGACGGGAGCAACUGCGCGGCCAUCGAGGGCGUCUUCAAUGACUCCUUGCCUGAAGGAGGUACAGUUUAGUAUACAGAGCAGGAGUCCAUUCACCACAAUACUGCUAGGAAGGAAUCUUAACCCAGUUCUUUGAUGCUUACUGCACAAUGAUGGUCUCUACAGUUAGUUACACUAUAAACCCCAGUGUACAGUCUGUGUGGUACAGCAACAGUAGUGGUAGUUCAGUGGCAGGAGGUAUCAAUAACUGUCUGAGUGGGGUGGGGGGUUGGGGGGCUGAGGAGUGGGGUGGUAGUGGGCCCCUCUCUCAGGCCAGGAAGGCGUGGACAGACAGACACUGGGGGGACUGUUCUGUUCCAAGACUUGGCAACAGGACACGUCUCUCUCUUUAAAAGACCCUGAUUGCUGCGUUUCUCUGUCCUCAAACUCUUUGCUCCCUCCAACACCACUUCUAGAACAGGCCAAUAACACAUACCUCUCAAUUAGACUGGGGAAUAAAAAUGAAAAACACAAAUAAAAUGUCAAAGAAGAAAGGGCCUGUGUUUUGGACCAGGGAGCUCUUUCAACGUUCUGAGAAUGAGAUUUAGUUAAGUUCGAGACAUCCAUCGAGAGAGAUUAUGCAACCUAAUAGUUUUAUGGAAAUUCAAACAAUGUGUGCAUGCAUUUGGAUUCUGACAUGAGCUAAAUAUGUGUUGGACUGCUGCCUUGCAAUGUGAGUUAGGGGACCUCAGACAUUUUGAAAGUAAUGUAUAAUUAUCUGUUCACAUGCAAGCUUUCUAGUUGCAUGAUCUGCAGACUGUACCAGUUAAUCAUAUAGAGUUACUGGUGAAUAUCUUGCCCUGCCAACUCCCCUCCAUCCAUCCCUCCCUCCUGUAGGUGCAUAAUGACCUUUUAUUUCGGUACCUAUUUCAGUCUAAACACUCUGGCCCUGAUUAAUGGUUUGUGAUUAAUUCUGUGGAAACAUGUCAGGGGAAAACUGAUACAGCCCAGCCAGGCUUACAGAUGACGCCAGGCUCAAGAAUUAGCCAUCACCAUCUCCAAGAAAACCAAGCCGUUGUCGAGGGCUUGAGGUAGGCUCAGCCUAUAGCUGCUCAGUUCUGAUCAGGAGACGCUCCAGAGGUCUCAGUUCCAUCAUUCCAUCAUAGUGAUGACUGUUGGAAGGUUUGUGGUCCUCUGUCCUAUUAUAGAGCCAUGGGUAACUUCACCCUGCAGGUACAUGAUACUGCACUAACCCUAAUGCCUUCUCAAAACACUCUAAUAAUAUAUAUAUAUUUUUUAAGUACGGUCAAACUCCGAAUACUUUUCCUUCAGGCUAUCACGUGAUUAUGUGAGCUUUAAAGCAUAGUUAAACUCAGAAUACUUUAAAGUGUGGUCAAACUCAGAAUACCCACUAUUGAUCAAUAAUAACCCUGGAUCAAUUUCCUUAGAUCGUCUGAACCAAUUUCCUUAGGUUCUACCUACCACCGGCGAGAUUCAUUAUUAUAGGAAAAUAGUUCUGCCAAAUUGAACCCCAAAAUGUUGUGGAUGAGGAGGACGAGAUCUUUCACCACUAAGGCUCGUCUGGAAAACAGACCCUCACAGAGAUGAUUGAAUACGGUCUCUUACCUUAUUUUUUUAUUGUGGCCAGAGGGAUGUCUGAGGCCGAGCGAAACAGAUCAAAAAGUCAGGUCGCUCUCAUCUGUGUCACAGCACCAAAAAUUAGAUCCAAAGAUUAAGGCAGAGACUAUUUAAUGAUAAAAUAGAAACUUUAAUACAAGCAGCUGCAGGAUGAGAUCCACCUCCUGAUUUCACAGGGAAGAACUCAAGGAAGAAAUGGUUCCAUGUCCCUUAUAUAGUGGGAGGUGAUAAUACAAUCAUAUUGUUUACACAACAGUUAUUUUAUACAUCAACAGUUCCUGUCACGAACGUCGAAGGAGGAGGACCAAGGCGCAGCGUGGAAUGCGAACAUAUUUAUUUAAAUAAUGAUAACACGAACAAAACAAAAAAACAAUAACGUGACGUCCUUGGUUACAUACACAAACCAACACGGAACAAGAAACCACACCAAAUGAAUGCCUAACGGCUACCUAAGUAUGGCUCCCAAUCAGAGACAACGAGCUACAGCCGUCUCUGAUUGGGAGCCACCCUGGCCAACAUAGAUAUACAAAACCUAGAAAUUAACACCCUGGCUCAACAUACGAGAGUCCUCAGAGCCAGGGCGUGACAGUUCCGGAACACAAUGGCCUUGUUAGGGUGCAGACAUACCAGGAGUCUAUGAAAAGCAUAUCACAGUACAACACAGAACAGAUCCCAAAUUCUGCCACCACAAUAUGGAGACCUUGGGCUCUCUUUUUUACGCUGGGGAUGAAGGCUGUGGGGAGGGAAGGAGUGUGUGGGGUUUCUCUCGCGUCCAUUCGGUGGCACGUGGCAGGCAGUUUUAGGUGUGGGUUGCGGGAGUGCUGCGCCUGCAGAGCCAGACAGGUCUAUUUUAGGCCCUCUCCCUCCACGACAGCAGCAACUCUGCCCCCUCCACCCCCUUACCUCCCCAUUCUGGAACCCUCAGAGUGGACACACCCUCCUGGUGUGGCCGCAGCUCGGUGGCUGGGACCACACUGGCCGGCUCAGCAACAGCCUUAGCCUGGGCCUACACUCUGGCUCUUGGCUGAUUUACGAGCCACAGAGCACUCAGUCAUGUCUACCAGGUUUUUUAUGUCUCUGAGGUGCAGACCAAUCCUCACUCCCAGGAGGGUUUAAAUGGGGUUUGUUGUCAGGCGCUAACCAAGCAGUACAGCAGAUGGGCUGGUGUUUUGAGUAUGUUGUUCUAUCUAGAGAUUCACACCUAAGAGUGAUGAUGGUGCCAUAUUCUCCCGUGCCUCUGCAACCUUACUACUCCCAUCUGGUGUCUGCAUCUUCACCUGAGUUAUCACCUCAGACGCUCUCAUCUAUCUUUCUAGGUUCUCUCUUUUUCUCCUCUCUGUGUCUGUCUGUCUGCAUCCAUCCAUCCAUCCAUCCAUCCAUCCAUCCAUCCAUCCAUCCAUCCAUCCAGGAACUUUGGUUGUGGUGGAGGGUUACUCAGGGGUUGAGGGCCAGGGGUUUAUUGCUCUUUGGCUCUCUGUUUACCGCACAGGCCCCUGAUUGUUAACAGAAAAACCUCUCCCUCUCCAGCCGCCAGGAACCGCAAGUACAGAGCUGGGUUACUGAAAUUACUCACAGCACCGACUGCUGCACCAGAGAGGGGUCAAAAGUCAAGCCUCUCCUUUCCUCAGCGGUCGCACCAUUGGAAUGGGUUAUUAAAUUAUUUAUUCCGUUUUUUUUUAUGUGAGACUGAAGUUAUUUACAGGGCUGUGGUGGCUGGCUGGACAGCACAGCCUGGCUUCAAACAUGGUUAUUGAACGGUGCCCAGGAAUUUGGUUGGAAUCCGAAGUCUCUUUUUAUUCCAUUGAAGUCCCACAGAGUAAAACACUAUUUAUACAUUAUUCUCCCUCCAGUAUGUCAGUGAAUAAAACCUCCACCUUGCCUUUCUCUUCUUUCUUUGUGUGUGUGUGUGUGUGUGUGUGUGUGUGUGAUCCCAGGUUAUGAAGAGGUGGUCAGAAUCCCCAAAGGAUCUACCUUCAUUCAUAUUCAGGAGCUCAACGUCUCCCUCAACUACCUAGGUGAGAGUCUUCUGUGUCACAAUAUGUUAUACUGACAUGAUGGAUUCUGUAGUGUGCAUUCAGACUCAAACUGAAAUUAAAAUGUAAGUGCAUUGGCACAUCAGUAAUGCUGUUAUUAGAACUAUUAUAGCAUUUCAAAUCACUAACACAUUUUUCCUCAGUCAUAAGUUUGCAGUCAGACAUGCUCUCGUUCCUUCUCUGCUCCAGUGCUGAAGAGUAAAGGGGACCAGUACUUCAUCAAUGGGAAGCUGACCAUCGACACCCCUCGUAGGUUCGACAUCGCAGGGACCACCUUCCACUACCGCCGGCCCACUGACCAACCUGAGACCCUGGAGGCCCUGGGGCCCACCAACAUGACCCUCAUUGUCAUGGUAACAGCCUAGCUGUGUGUGUGUUAUUGUGUGUGUGUGUAACAGUAAUUAUUCUAUGUAAUAACAUACGCGUGUAUGUGUUUGUGUGUGUGUAGGUGCUGGUGAGGGAGGAGAACCCAGGGAUCCACUACCGCUUCAACCCUCCAGUCAACAGAGACCCUCUGAGUGGAUACGCCUGGCACUACACAUCCUGGUCCCGGUGCUCCGCACUCUGCGCUGGGGGUACCACCACUACUGGCUCUAUAACUCUGUACUGUACUCUUCACUGGCUCAUUGAUUGAUGUUAUUUGAUUUAGAAAUGCACACAAAACCUUUUAUUCAUUCAGUUAUAUCUCUUAGCCCAUAUUAAUUUAAUAUUAUUGAGGCUAAAUAUACCAUCAUGGUCACCUCAUGACACACCUGUUGUUUGUUUUACUAAUGAUCCAUUUAGCUGCUGUGCAGGGCUGGGUACUCUAUAUAGACGGUACAUUGACCUCUCUAGUAAACUCACUGACUCACUCAUGCACAGUGCAUACCCCUCACUUUCUCAACGGCUUUCUCAUAUUCCCUCACUCACACAUAUACACACACUGGUACAGAAAAAAACCUCAUAGUGCAUAUCCCCUGGUGGCUCGAGAGUUUUCCUAACGUAACACUGACCCUGGGGAAACAUGGGAAUGGAAUGUUCAUGAACAGAGAGGACUGUGGGGUUGGUGAAACUGGUCUGAAGCCAGCUUUGAAGUUACACACACACUCUUUCUUCGGUUUCUUUCUGUUGCGGGUAAAUGAUCCAAAGUAACUAGCUUGAUAUAAACUAAUUUACUUUGCUUAAAAGCACAUUUACUUGACCUUUAUGUCAGCAAAACAAAUGAAAGGAGAAGUGCUUAUACAAGUUCUACACUGUGAAAGGCAUUUACAUUUGAGUCAUUUAGCAGACACUCUUAUCCAGUAGAGUGCAUACAUUUUCAUACUUUUGUACUUUUUUCGUACUGGUCCCCUGCGGGACCAUGCUCUACUAACUGAGCCACACAGUGUGAGCUGCAUCAGAUGAAUGACCAAAGGAGUUGUGGCUGUUUUUAUAAUGUGUUUUUCUCUCCCUCUCUCUGUCAGGUGCUCAGAUCCAGCAGGUAGUGUGUAAGAAGCAAGCUGAUCACUCCGUGGUCUACAACCACUUCUGUGACAAGAAGAGCAAACCCAAAGACAAGAAGCGAUCCUGCAACUCUGAGCCAUGCUCCCCAAGGUGAGUGUCAAUGUAUCUGUCUCACUGCGUGUGUGGAGCUCCUCUGAUUGGGCCUUUAUGACUAUAUACGCAGAAUAAGUGUUUACCUAUCAUGUGUGAGCGUAUGAGAUCCUGCUGAACUAAGCCCUGUCUGUCUGUCUGUGUCUCCCCCAGCUGGGGGUCUGGGGAAUGGUCUGAGUGCAGUCGUAGCUGUAACGGGGGCCUGAGGACCAGAGAGGUGCUGUGUAAGAGGAAGAUCUCUCCUACAGAGGAGAAGGUGCAGGAUGACGGGGCCUGUACCCCCCAACGACCCCCCCUCACUGAGCCCUGCAACAACCACACCUGCCCCCCAGAGUGGCUGGCCCUGGACUGGUCAGAGGUACACCCAAAAUACCCCCAUAAGCCUACCCAACUUUUUUUUAAAUCUAACAAACAGAAUCUAGAGACUUCAAGAAAAAGAGAGAAGUUGCUUACCUCGACACUUCCUAUACCUAUGCAACAUUUCUGUGUGUAAUUAAUGCCACCUGCUGGUUGGAUUAUGUACUGUUCUCUGGUGUGCUCUGGGGCUAAAGAGGUUGGAGCUCUGACUUGAAUAACCUCUCCCUCAUCUCUCUCUCGCUCUCCCCAGUGUAAUCCCAGCUGUGGUCCAGGGUUCAGGCACCGUGUCCUUCUGUGUAAGAGGGGGGAGAGUGGAGACACACUGCCAGAGUCCCAGUGUCCCAAGUAUGGGCGUCCCACCACCAGGGUGCGCUGUAACCUGCAGCGCUGCCCACCCCCCAUGUGGGUCACAGGGCCCUGGGGAGAGGUAAGGCUGCGGCUAACAUGGGCUCUGCUCUGUAUUGAACUCUGCUCUCAUUCAACUAGACCUCCUACAGGUGUAGGACAUUUAUUCUGUCUGGUGCUUUAACGUGCGAGCGAGAGAGAAAGAGAACUGUGGGUUUUCAGUGAAUUCAUGUAAAUCACGAGGCUCAUUUGAAUUUCCUGCGUCACAUAAAAAUUAUCAGCGGCAACAGAGUGAUCAAAUUUAAGAUACCACAUACACUAUAUAUACAAAUGUAUGGGGACACCCCUUAAAAUGAGUGGAUUUGGCUAUUUCAGCCACACCCGUUGCUGACAGGUGUAUAAAAUCGAGCACACAGCCAUAGACAAACAUUGGCAGUAGAGUGGCCUUACUGAAGAGCUCAGUGACUUUCAACGUGGCACCGUCAUAGGAUGCCACCUUUUCAACAAGUCAGUUUGUCAAAUUUCUGCCCUGCUAGAGCUGUCCUGGUCAACUGUAAGUGCUGUUAUUGUGAAGUGGAAAUGUCUAGGAGCAACAACGGCUCAGCCACGAAGUGGUAGGCUACACAAGCUCACAGAAUGGGACCGCUGAGUGCUGAAACGUCUGUCCUCAGUAGCAACACUCACUACCAGUUCCAAACUGCCUCUGGAAGCAACAUCAGCACAAUAACUGUUAGUCGGGAGCUUCAUGAAAUGGGUUUCCAUGGCCGAGCAGCCGCACACAAGCCUAAAAUCAACAUGCGCAAUGCCAAGCGUUGGUUGGAGUGGUGUAAAGCUUGCCGCCAUUGGACUCUGGAGCAGUGGAAACGCGUUCUCUAGAGUGAUGAAUCACACUUCACCAUCUGGCAGUCCGACGGAUGAAUCUGGGUGUGGCGGAUGCCAGGAGAAUGCUACCAGCCCGAAUGCAUAGUGCCAACUGUAAAGUUUGGUGGAGGAGGAAUAAUGGUCUGGGGCUGUUUUUCAUGGUUCGGGCUAGGCCCCUUAGUUCCAGUGAAGGGAAAUCUUAACGCUACAGCAUCCAAUGACAUUCUAUACGAUUCUGUGCUUCCAACUUUGUGGCAACAGUUUUGGGAAGGCCCUUUCCUGUUUCAGCAUGACAAUGCCCCUGUGCACAAAGCGAGGUCCAUACAGAAAUUGUUUGUCGAGAUUGGUGUGGAAGAACUUGACUGGGCUACACAGAGUCUUGACCUCAACCGCAUCGAACACCUUUGGGUUGAAUUGGAACGCCGACUGCGACCCAGGCUUAAUCGCUCAACAUCAGUGCCCGACCUCACUAAUACUCUUGUGGCUGAAUGGAAGCAAGUCCCCGCAGCAAUGUUCCAACAUCUAGUGGAAAGCCUUGCCAGAAGAGUGGAGGCUGUUCUAGCAGCAAAGGGGGGACCAACUCCAUAUUAAUGCCCAUGAUUUUGGAAUGAGAUGUUUGACGAGCAGGUGUCCAUUACAUUGGUCAUGUAGUGUAUGCAGGUCCUUGACUGAUUUGAUGUAUUUAAGUGAAGAGGAAAUACUAGAAAAUGUUAAUCGUUCCUGUUCAGAUUUGUAAAGUGCUCUAUUGUCCGUCUUUACUGUUUCCUCCUAGUUUUGUGACCGGUGUCUCUCUCUCUGUUCUGUGUCAGUGCUCGGCCAAGUGUGGUCUGGGUCAAGAGAUGCGCUCUGUGCAGUGUCUUGUACACACCGGCCAGCCGUCCAAUGAGUGCCCAGACCUCCAGCGCCCGGCAGCCAUGCAGCAGUGCAAGAGCAAAUGUGACCUCAGCAGCCUACCCAUGGACAUCCCUGAGGGUGACCCUGAAGGUCAAAGUUCCACUGUAUUAAUUACUUUCUCAGUGUAUUUUCCUGCUAGCUUAAUAACCAUUUAAGUUAUACAAAUGUUUAACCUAAUCUUUGUAUAUACAUUCUUCCCUUCCAGAGUGCAAAGAUGUGAACACAGUGGCGUACUGCCCCCUGGUGCUCAGGUUUAAGUUCUGCAGCCGCCCCUACUUCAGACAGAUGUGCUGUAAGACCUGCCAAGGACACUGA